GAAUUAGCAGGCCCAAAUCUGGCAGCGAGGUUAAAUCCCAGCAGCCAAACUCGGUGUGGGACACUUCAGGGAGGUAAAGUUACACCCACAGCCAGCCUGAGGUGCGCCUGACAGCAGACGCUCCGCACAGGACUCCGCAGCGGGACGUCACUCCGCGUUAGCUCCGGUUAGCUCCGACAUUUAGCCGCAAUGCUCUCCAUCACCGCGUCCGUCAUCAAACGCACCCGUGCCAUCCAGCGCGUGAGGCUGCUGCACGCUUCCUCUACGGUCAAAAUGCCCAUUAAGGUUGGUGAAAAUCUCCCCUCAGUGGAGGUCCAGGAGGGGGAGCCAGGAAACAAGGUGUCCAUGGAUCAGCUCUUCAAGGGGAAGAAGGGGGUCCUCUUUGCUGUACCCGGAGCUUUCACACCCGGCUGCUCCAAUACUCCUCCGGGAUUUGUGCAGCAGGCUCAGGAUUUGAAGAGUAAAGGUAUACAGGAGGUCGCUUGCAUUUCUGUUAAUGACGCAUUUGUCAUGGCUGCCUGGGGAAAGGCUCAAGGAGCAGAUGGCAAGGUUCGAAUGCUGGCUGAUCCAACCGGAGCUUUUACGAAGCAAGUUGACCUGCUGCUUGACAGUGAUCAGAUUGUGCAGGUACUUGGGAACAAGCGGUCCAAGAGAUAUGCGAUGUUGGUGGAAGACGGAGUUGUGAAGAAGCUCAACGUGGAGCCUGAUGGCACCGGGCUGACCUGCAGCCUGGCCUCCAACAUCCUGUCUGAGCUGUAGGCUAUUUUAAGGCAUAUUAAACCAAACUGCAAGCACUGAGCUCCCGUUAAUGUUGCACUAAGAAAUCCCAGUCCCACCAGUUUUAGCUUCCUCCUUCUCCCAAACACGGAUGCAAAAGUCACGCGGAUGCUAAUGUCAAAAACAGAGCUGAAAGGUUAUUAACGCGCACAACUAUGGCAUUCAUGGCAGUCCAAAGAAACGAGCAUCCUUCUCUGUAUACUGACACUUGUGAGUAAAUAAAAGUCAACCUGAAAGCGAUGAUCGCUUAUUUCCUGUAUUGCUCAUAGUGCGGAUUAUUUAGUAGCAGGAUUUAGGAUAAACUUAAAGUUCAUUUCUUCUUCAAUCAUGUAUAAGAAAAAUGACGAAAUCUACGGUGUACCUUGUACCUUGUGUGUUAAUAAAAUAAUGCAGCUUUCCAGA